UAAAAAUUUUAUAAAUCAUUUUAAGGUUAACAAUUAAAUGAUAAGAUUGAAGGAAAAGUAAUCAGAAAAUAAACAUUAUUGACGUUAGUGACAUUAACAAUUUAAAUUUUCUUACUUCACGACUCACACAUAUUUUUACAAAUAUGAGCACUGAUCUAAUUGACGGAGUUGGACCUGACCAUGAAUACAUGAUACCAACUAAAUUCAUCAAAAACCCAGAUGAUAUGGUAUUAUGGGAGAAUUCAAUUGCUUACCAAGAAUAUUUGGGAUUUAUUCUUGCAAUUAAUGAAGCAAUUAAGGGAAAGUCUUUAAAAUAUGAUGCAUUACCUGUAUCUCCAACCAUCACAAAACUUUGUGGUGUUAUUAAAAAAUUAGAUCAGUUUAUAAAUGAAACUCCACCACUUGAACAACCACAGAGAUUUGGAAACCAAGCUUUUAGACUUUGGUUGGAAAAAGUUCAAAAUGCAACUCAUGAAUUAUUGUCAGAAGUUCUUCCUGAACACCUACAAAGAGCCUUAGCUGAAGUCUCCACAUAUUUCAUGGAAUCAUUUGGCAACCAAAUUCGAAUUGAUUAUGGCACUGGCCAUGAAAUCUCUUUCAUUAUGUUCCUUUGUUGCAUGUUUAAAAUAGGCGCACUAGAACCCGAUGAUAAAAUAUACGCCGCAACAAGAGUAUUCAAUGAUUAUUUGAAACUGGUACGAAAGUUACAACAAACCUACCGAAUGGAACCGGCUGGAAGUCAUGGUGUGUGGAGCUUAGAUGAUUACCAAUUUGUCCCAUUUAUUUGGGGUAGUUCGCAAUUGCAAGCGCAUCCAAAAAUUGAACCCUGUUCAUUUUUAAAUCCGGAAGUGGUGGAAACUUUUGCUGAUCAGUACAUGUUUUUGUCUUGCAUCGCAUAUAUAAACCAAGUAAAAAAGGGGCCAUUUGCUGAACAUUCAAAUCAGCUGUGGGGUAUUAGUGGUGUUGCACAUUGGACCAAGGUCACUUUGGGUUUGAUCAAAAUGUACAGAGCAGAAGUAUUGGGAAAAUUUCCUGUGGCACAGCAUAUAACUUUUGGUUCGUUAUUGCCACUAAAACCAUUCUUGCAAGGACGUGGGACUGAUCGAAGAUUUUUGGGGAUGACUCCGCCUCCUUCUACGGGUAGAUCUUCAAUGCAAGUACCAUCCCAAAAGCCAACUUAAAUAUAUGAUAAAUUAAUAUUUUUGUUAUGACAUAUAGGCAUAUUGUACGUACAAACAUUUAUUAAAUGAGUUAUUGUUUGUGA